AUGGCGAUCACUGGCGAGGAGCUCGAAAGUACCCUUUCUCCGGGAAACCCAGCCGUCAGACUCUCGUCUGGAGGAGGGAGAUCGGCGAGACUUAUUAUAUUUGUAGAGAUGGCGGAGCACUUUACGUAUUUCGGGAUAUUGACUAACCUCAUAACGUACCUGACGGGACCAUUGGGACUGUCAACGGCUGCAGCUGCGGCGAAUGUCAACGCAUGGAGUGGAACGAUGUCGUUUAUACCACUUCUCUGGGGAUUUGUGGCUGACUCGUAUCUCGGCCGUUUCCGUACCAUCCUAAUCGCAUCUUCUGUAUAUAUCUUGGGUCUAGGGUUUCUGUCGUUUUCAUCCACGAUUCCUUCUCAUUCCAAAGAUCAGAAUCAACUCCAAGUAGUUCUCUUCUUUUUCUCUCUCUAUCUUGUAGCAGUAGGACAUGGCGGUUACAAACCGUGUGUUCAGGUAUUUGGAGCUGAUCAAUUCGAUGGAAAUGAUCUAACAGAGGCAAAAUCCAAGAGUUCUUACUUUAACUGAUUCCUGGACAAAGCAGCGACUACGUGUGAUUUGGUUGAAAUCGAAGAAGCCAGAGCGGUGCUUAAGCUUGUUCUCAUAUGGAUGACUUGUUUAGUCUACGCCAUUGUAUAUUCACAAUCCAAUACUUUCUUCACAAAGCAAGGAGCCACAAUGGAUAGGUCAAUCUCACCAGGAGUCUUAGUCCCUGCAGCUUCACUCCAAUCCUUUAUAGGCAUAACAAUGUUCGUUUUCAUCCCAAUCUACGACCGUCUUCUCGUCCCAAUCACAAGAUCCUACACUCAAAACCCAUCAGGAAUCACAGUGCUCAAAAGAAUUGGCACAGGGAUUUUCAUCUCCAUUCUUGGUAUGUACGUGUUCAAUCGAGCCGCUGACGUGUUCACAAUGAUUGGUUUGCAAGAGUUAUUCUACGACCAAGUCCCUAGUGAGCUUAGGAGCAUUGGUGUGGCUUUGAACUUUAGCAUUUUUGGGGUCGGUGACUUUCUAAGCAGCUUCAUGGUAACAGUCAUUGAUAAGGUCACAAGCAACUCUGGUCAAACGAGCUGGUUCGAUAACGACCUGAACCAAGCUCAUCUAGAUUACUUCUAUUGGCUGUUGGCUUGUCUCAGCACCAUUAGUUUUGGCUUCUAUUUGUGGCUCGCCAAGUCAUAUGUCUACUAUAGACCAAACACUUUCUAA